UGAGCAGAGGUUGAUCUCAGGCCCUAGAAAGGUGUUGUGCCAUAAUGCCCAUCCUCUCUUUCUCUUCUAGACCAUUGCAGAUUCCUCAGGAAUUCCAGCCAGAGGAUGUGACAUCAGUGGAGAUAUUCAACUGGAUGACUCGCAGACCUGCAGCGACGGCACUUCGGUUUUUCUGUGGAAUCAGAGACUGUGUCCUGGGAGUCUGGCCCAGACGGGAGUGCAGUGCAGUCCUCCAGCCUGCAGGGGGCAGUGCAGCCGGAGCAGCAGGACGAGGAGCUGGAGCGCACGCUGAGCAGCCGGGGCAGCCUCCUGGACCUGUAUCCCAGCAUGCUCUGCAGGGUGGGCGGGGCCUGGCGCAGGCAGGCAGUGACGGAGGCAGCCAAUGCUGUGCUGCGCAGAUAUGGCAGACGGGGCUGGCCCCCCAGUCACGCCCCCAAACCAGCUCACAAGCCGUGGAGGCGGGGCCUUCAGGCAGGAGGGGCGGGGCCAGGUCCCGUGGUGACGGACAGUGGCAGCUCCCCGGAGGAGCUCUCUCUCCUGUCUCGCACCUUCACAGUGAGCAGUGACCCACCCUCCUCCCGCUGUGCCUUCCCCAGCCCCCACCCCCUCCCUGCUCCCCUGCUCCUCCCCUCCAGAUCCUCCCCACAGAACCGCCUGUCUCCUCGACCGGCCUAUCUCCCUCAUGCCCCGCCCCCUUGCCCCAGAGGCCGCCUCUCCCUGUCGCUAGCCCCUCCCAGUGGGAGAGGGGCCCCAGUCAGUCUCCGCCCCCCUGCAGUGAGCAGUGUCUGCGCCGGCGGUCCUUCUCGGGAUUCCCGGCGUUCCGGGCGUUCCCGGCCUCACGCUCCCAGGUGGAUGAGCAGUUUGAGGAGCUGUACCAGCGCUAUGUGUGCCAGCCCAAACCUGGCUGGUCUCUCCCGAGCCUCUCCUCCCCGCUCCCCCGUGCCCUGGCUGCUCUCGCCCUGUCCCCUCUCUCCCCUCGGGUUCGCAAGCGGGGCCGGGCGCCAGAGCCCAACACCCCCAAGCUACAGGAGCUGUCCAUAGGCCUACAGCAUCCAUGAGCCCCUACAGGCCUGUGGGAGCUGCCCACACGUCUACGGGAGCUGCCCACAGGACUACGGGAGCUGUCCACAGGACUACAGGAGCUGUCCAUAGGCCUACAGCUUCCAUGAGCCCCUACAGGCCUGUGGGAGCUGCCCACACGUCUACGGGAGCUGCCCACAGGACUACGGGAGCUGUCCACAGGACUACAGGAGCUGUCCAUAGGCCUACAGCUUCCAUGAGCCCCUACAGGCCAGUGGGAGCUGCCCACACGUCUACGGGAGCUGCCCACAGGACUACGGGAGCUGUCCACAGGACUACAGGAGCUGUCCAUAGGCCUACAGCUUCCAUGAGCCCCUACAGGCCUGUGGGA